AUGACAUCAGACUCCACGCCUCUCCCAUCUGCUCCGACCGUCGAAGUGGCCCCCGGGGUUCUUCUCCAGUCGCCUCUCUCACGAUGCGGCCGUGGCCCGGGCUUGGUUCUUAUCAGAGCAGCUGUGCACGCAGAGUGCCAGGCUAACAAUCAGAGCCUCGACCCGGAGCCGCUGCAGAAGUGGGCGGAGGAGAGCUUCGCCGUUGCUCAGAUCACUCUGGACUCCGAGUCAAGCAAGAGCGACACUGCGCUCUCCGAUCUUGUCCGCAGCGCGGAGCAGGCACUGAGUGGCCUGGCGGAAUGCAAUUCAAAGGACAAAUUUGUUGUCCUAGUCUAUGGCUCCAAGGCUGACUACGCGCCGGAGUUCGGUGCCCUCCUGCAAGACAUUCUCUCGCUAGGAAAGUUUGCCGGCGCCGUCUUCUUCGAUGUCUGGAACACGCGGAAUAUCCCAGCUCUGCUCCAUCUGGAUUCAUCAAAGUCGAAAACCGAACCUUCAGACUCAUUGAAGGUGUACUCAUACCCGGAAGUGCCUUCGUCGGGAUUCAUCAUACCCGGGCACGCAGACUUCAACUACUCCUCGGCCGGCGUUGCCCACACUCGCACCGUGACCUUCAUCAAGAGCCACCUCAAUGGUCCGUACUUUGACCUUGAGAAGAUCUGGGACGAGCACACAUACUAUGAAUUUGAGAACCGGUCCGUUGAGAAGACCAUGGCCACGAUGGUUCAGGAGCCCUACGUCAAUCACGUCCCUACGUUGACUGGCGGCAUCGGAAGAGCCAAGCUGAGCAAGUUUUACCUCAACCACUUCAUCUUCAAUAACCCCGACGACACGAAACUCGAGCUCAUCAGCCGGACGCUGGGCAUUGAUCGUGUAGUUGACGAAUUCAUCUUCUGCUUGACGCACAAUAAGGUCGUCGACUGGUUGCUCCCCGGCAUCCCGCCCACCGGCAAACCCCUGCGCAUCCCUUUUACCUCCGUUGUCAACAUCCGGGGAGACCGUCUGUAUCACGAACAUAUUGCCUGGGACCAAGCAACCGUGCUUAUCCAGCUAGGCCUGUUACCAGAGUACCUUCCGUUCCCGUACCCGCUAGCGGAUGGCCGGACACCCGCUCCUGGGAAGCGCUUCGAGUAUCGCGUCCCAGCUGCAGGAGUCGAGACGGCCAACAAGCUCCAGGAUGAACAUACCGUUCCGUCAAACGGGAUGUUUGAGUUUGAGGUCAGAGAGGUGGAUGAUAAUUGA